AUGGCAACACUGAUGAGGCUGGUGUUUACUAGGCCAGCAGCAGAGGGUCAACAGGGCUCAAGACUUGGACUAAACUUAUACAUUAGUCCUUCACUCCAAAAUGAAAAGACCAUAUUUCCAAGAGAGAACCUUGCCUGACAGGGUUGAAAAGUAUAUAUCUGAGAACAACUAUGUUGAUGUGGAGGACAUGACAGAAUACUUAAUAAACAAUUAUCGUGAAUUUCGAGGGAAAAACAAAAAGGCAUUUAUGAAGAGCGUUGAGAGAGCCUAUGAGUGGCAGGUGUACUGUCAUCAACAGACUGAAGAAGACACUGAUUGUGUGGACUUAGUGGACAGUGAUGGAGGUGGUGCAGAUAUCAUGGAAAUCAAUGAACCUGAGUCUCCAGUAAAGGCUAAAUGCCUGAACACAAUUCUAAAGAAGAUGUACAAGUCACCAGCACCCUCCUGCCCCUCCUCAGCACCAAAAACUCUGAAAGGUAGAGACUUCUUUGUGCUGGACAACGAGGGUGAUCAAGUCAACGGUGCCAGGACUCCUGAGAAUAGUAUUAAGAAGAAACGGAAGAAAGACAGGGAAGGUGAAAUAGAAGAUAUAAUUAAAAAGAAGAAGAAGAAACAGUUGCUGCCAGAGGAAUCAACUAUUACAUUUGCACAUAUGGCAGGAAUUGAGUCUCUGAAAGAUAAAAUAUGUGACCUUGUUGCCAAUCUACGAUGGCCUGGGAUUCUCCAACCCCUUCAGAAGUCUGUUCUGAUAACAGGACCAUCUGGCAGUGGCAAAACAGCUUUUGCUAAGGCUUUGGCUGGAACUGUAGAGUCACCCAUUCUUCGAGUUACUGCAACAGAAUUAGUGGGAGGCGUUUCUGGAGAGAGCGAAGAAAGGAUUAAUGAAAUAUUUGAUCAAGCAGCCUCACUUGCCCCUUGUGUUCUUCUGAUUGAAAAAAUAGAUGUUAUUGCCCCAAAAGAAGGAAACACCAAGAGCUUGGAGAAAAGAAUUGGAACCCAAAUGUCCUCCUGCUUAAGUAAUAUGAAAAUUAAGCACAAAGACAAGCAAGUAAUAGUGAUGGGAGAAACUAGCCGCCCAGAGAAUUUAGACUGGGACCUUCGAAGUAGCUUUGAUGGAGAGAUAUUCAUGGCUAUUCCCACAGAGGCUACCCGUGCACAGAUACUGCAGCUACUUUGUGAAGGAACAUCAUUUGCUGGAGAUUUUGAAGAGUUGGCCCAUAGAACCCCAGGUUAUGUUGCGGGAGACCUCAAGAAGCUGUUGGAGAAAGCCCAGAGUUUAGCUUGGAAGAGAAAAAAGGACUCCUUAUAUGGGAAGACUGAGGGGAUGUCUCUCAUGGAGCAACUGAGGAGUUUCAUGAACCAGUUUGAGGAGAUGUGUGAAGCAGAGGAAGUGAACACCAUGGUCACCAUUAACAUGGAGGACUUCAUGGAAGCCUUGAUGCACAUCACUCCAGUACUGAAGAGAGAGGGCUUCCCCACGGUGCCUGAUGUUACUUGGCAGGAUAUUGGUGGCCUUGAAGACAUCAAGAGGGAACUUAGAGAGAAGAUUCUUGAGCCUAUCCAGUUUGCUAAACUGCAUGAAGAGUUUGGGGCAAGUCGACCCAAUGGUAUCUUGAUGUGGGGUCCUCCAGGGUGUGGCAAGACUUUGCUGGCUAAAGCUGUUGCCAACGAGGCUGGGAUUAACUUGUUGCCUGUAAUGGGCCCAGAGCUCUUAAAUAUGUAUCAGGGUGAAAGUGAGAGAGCUGUGCGAGAAGUAUUCAAACGUGCACGCAACGUUUCACCAUGUGUAAUCUUUUUUGAUGAGUUUGACUCGCUUUGCCCUGUCAGAAGUAAAGGAGCAGAGAGCGGCAGUAAAACCACCAUAGUGAACACAUUACUGACGGAGAUGAAUGGCUUUACCAAACGAGAGGAUGUUUAUGUUAUAGCAGCCACCAACCGUCCCGACAUCCUCGACCCAGCAGUAACACGGCCUGGAAGAUUUGAUACUCUUCUUUAUGUUGAUGUGCCAAACCAUCUGGGAAGAGUAUCUAUUUUUCAAGCACGAACAAAGAAUGGGACAUGUCCUCACCUCGCUUCUGAUGUCAACUUUGAAGAAGUGUCUUUGCUGUGUAGCAGCUUCUCGGGUGCAGAUUGUGACCAGUUGGUGUACUUAGCAAGCAAAGAAGCCAUCAGGGAGGUGAUCCAUAGCAGCAGCACCACCACCACCUCCCCAACACCAGUGUCUAACACUCCUGAUGUAAAGCGUCUUGUGGCUAAGAGACAUUUUUCUGCUGCACUUAAGAAAAUUAAACCAUCUAUUACGUUAGAGGAACAGAGACGGUACAAGAAGCUCUAUAGCAAAAUGGAGGUGUCCAGAGUGCGAGGAGAGCUCCCAGGGUUCCCAGAAGAUAUUAGUUCUCUAACUGAAAAUUUAGAAGAACAGUCUCAGCCAUUGGAUGUAGCAAACCAAAAGAUAUAAAUUUUCCUUCAAAUA